AAUCUCAGCCACUAAGGCGUUGGAUGCCGAUGCGCAGCCCAACUACAUCUUCUACGUCAUGGCGUACGACUGUGGCGGUCGGUUCAGCGAGUCUGUGAUGGUGACGAUCACUGUCAAUAAGAUGUGCUCCCCAGGAUGGAAAGGUAACUCUCGUCGUAUUGAGUACACCCCUGGCACCGAGAGUCAGAUCCUGGCCCCCAUGAUCCACCUUGAGACAUGCGUCGCGCCAAGGUGCAAUGUCAGCGAGGUCAUCACCACGGUCAAACUGCAGACGAGGCAUAUCGGAUUCGGGUGCGAUCGCGACACCUACUCCUCGCAGUCUCAGCGUAAACUCUGUGGUUCUGCACCGGGCAGCUUUGACCUCCUCCCAACCCCGAGCUUGGGCCAGAAAUGGACGGAGGAUCUGCUGACCGACGAGGGACACGACAGCGAGCAGAUCUACGAGUUUGAUGGUGAGGAGAGCGCCGUGGUCAUCCCAGAGAAGUACGCCCCGGGCAAUCUGACCAGCCAGUUCAGCAUCGCGUUCUGGAUGAAGCACGGUGAGACCGAGGGACUCAACAAGGAGCACAUUCUCUGCAACUCGGACAGCGAAGGUCUGAAUCGUCAUCACUACGCCAUCUUCAUCCACAACUGUCAUCUUAUCUUCUUGGUGCGCCACCAGGACGAGGGAAAGAGUGAUGCGUUCUUCCCAACGGAGUUCCGGUGGAAGCUUGAUGAGGUUUGCGACAAGCAGUGGCAUCGCUACACCUUCAACGUGGACAACCUUUCGGUAUAUCUUUACGUCGAUGGUGAAGUCCGCCAAACGAAGAUGAUAUCUGAUAACUGGCCACUUCAUCGUAGUAACUACCCCACAGCUCUCACUGUCGGUGCAUGUUUUGAUGACUUUACUACUGCUGCACGCACAGGUGGUAAAGGACGCUUCACAGGACACUUCCAGGGGUACCUUGCCGGUCUGAGUGUUCUCCCCGGUCGCAUGGAGGAGGAAGCCACCAUCCAGUGCCUGCAUAGCUGCAAGGAAGGCCUGUCCAUGAACACUGAGGAUCUACCUGCAGAUAGAGUACAGUUUAACUCCAUCAAUACCGAGCUUGUCAUCAAGGGUGAUUUGAGUGACGCAUCCCAGCUGCUCCAGCGUGUGUCGUACUUCAACUCUCGUGAGUUUCCUACCCCUGGCCAGAGACCACUCACCAUUAAGACAAUCGCUACAUGUGAUGGAAUCCCAAUCCCCAUGUCAGACACGUCAGCCUAUGUUAUGGUUGUCGAACCGGAGGAACCUACCAUUACCAUUUCGGGGCCGACCCAAAUGGCACAGGAAGCUGAUAAGAUUGCAAGCGGGAUCAAACCGUUUGCCUCCAUCAACAUCGUCAGUAUGAUGUCGGAAGAGCAAGAGGAAGAAGAGGAGGCGGAGCUUGAAGUAACCGGGCAAGAGCCUGAGGUUCCUCUGACCGUUGGUCACCGUCUGGACUCCUGUAACAUCACCACUGGAACGUACCUCACAUCUGGCGAGACAUUCACCAUCUCGGCUGAUCUGCUGACCUCGUACCAUCUCACCAAGUUUGACUCGUCCGAAGGAAUGUCCAUCAAAGGUGUCGACACCAUUCAGCAUUAUGUUGAGGCCCUGCGCCAGGUUGUGUACACUAACAGCAAGAAAUCAGACAAGAAAUCUUAUACAUUCACCGUUACAUGCACUGAGCUGAACGGACGCUUCUUGAGCAAUGAGUACAAGAUCUUGGUCAACGUCCUGCAUAAGGCCGUCAAGCAGGCUGCCAGCCCCAACCACAACAAGGCUGCGUCACAUAAUAACAUCUUAUUCAAGCCGGGCAGGAACACCUUGGAGGAAGAGAUGAACGAGAAGACGCCUCUCACUAAGCUGGGUCAGCUCACCGGAUCAAGUACAGCCAUGACAGUUGUCAUUGUCAUCUGCGUUGGCUUCCUCGUCUUCAUGAUCGUUCUAGGAGUGUUCCGUAUCUACGCAGCUCACCGUGACAGCGCGUACGACCAGCAAGACUUUGACUGGGACGACUCCGCUCUGAAUAUCACCGUUAACCCAAUGGAAGGGCCCGUGGAAACACACAUCGGUAUAGAAAGUGACUCCAGCGAUGAAGAUGACGAUGACAGUUGUCAAGAUGACCUGGACGACAGCUCCGAAGACGAUGACGACGAGGACGAUGACGACGAAGAUGGAGCCGGAGAAAUCGAUGUGGAAAUCAAAGGCACCCAACUGGAGUGGGACGACUCUACUCUCAAAUUCUAAGGGAGUAAAAAAAUACCCCCCCCCCACCCUUUGAUGUUUCUUUCUUUAACUCUUGCUUCACUGGACAUUCAAUUUUUUAGCGGGUAGCUCGGAAAACAUCAUUGAGCAUAACAUUAAAUCGUCGUCUCAGUGCGAUAAGGUCAAGGCAUUGUAUUUUGCUUUGUUUUAAAAAGGGCAAGGGCACCAAGGCAUCUUUUGUUUUGGUAAAGGUCACCCUGUGAAGAAAUUGAAAAUUUCUACUUGAUUAUUUCAGGGGCACCAAGGCAUUAACCAGGGGCAAGGAGGCAAUCGCAAUCGUUGCCUCUGUAAAGUAUCAGGCCUGCUUUCUAAGAAAAUCCGAUUUCUGAUUUCUUAGCCCUCGGGUAAAAUCUGAAGAAUUUUGCUUAAAUAGCCUGAAAAGUCUAUAAAAGCCAGUAAGCCUACACAUCAUGUUAACAUAUCGGAUGGAGGUCAGUCCUUGUACUUUAUCAACUGUUUCUACUUUUUUUCCCCCCAAGAACUAAAUAAUCACGCCUGAAGGUUGUUAGUUGCAACUUCAUACUCGUAAUAAUCAAAAAGUCAAUAAGUGAGUUGUUUUUUUACAAGUUUGGACAAAUUUAAGCAAAAUCCAUAAGUAAAUGUUUUUCAAAGAAACUGAGUGUUUCUUUUUUACCAACGAUUACUUUGGAGACCACUCUUGAUCAAUAAACUCCAUUAACCAGGAGCUCCGAAAUAUGCAACAGCAAUUUUAUGAAGUUCAUACAAACUGCAUUUCCGACCUUAUUGUCUUGAGACGACGCAAAACAUUCUAGUGUACAUUUUUAACAAUUAAUGAUAAAUCUUUAAUUUUUAAAAUAGAAGCAAGUACAAACAGAUUCUUAUUUUGUUUUGAGGUUCUUGUCUAUGGAGGGCAUUAUGGGAUAUGUAUAAAUUUUAAAAAGUCGAUCCAUGACAAAUUAUUUGCACGUGUUAAAAAUCCGAGCGUUGUUGGGUUUUUUCUAAACACUAGUUUGUAAAAUUAAGCAGUAGGAGCACUUUUCAUUUCUACGAUAAAAUUUGACUGCGAAGUAGAAAUAACUUGUAAGAUAAUAAUUGAAAAAACUAUUAAAAAAUAACAUCGUUCAAGUGAAACAGCUGUUUUAAUCGUUAAGGUUUUGCUUUUUAUUUAUUUUUUAUAAUGGACAUUCAUUUUAAAGCGAUUUACGUAAAUUAAAUUAGAAAUCUUUUUAGAUGCUCUCUGCUGCACUUCAUUUUAAAAAUUAUAUCUUAAGUUGUUUCCUUCGCUAAACCUGAAAUGAACUGUGCAUCAAAUGUGGACAUUAAAUCUUUCAGUUGAUUCUUGAAAAAUUCUCAUUCGAGAAAGACUCAUUAAAAAAACUCUUUUAUUGAAUUUAUUUCUUAAAUUCUGUUGUUGUUUUGGCAUACAUCAAAGUGUAGUUUAAGAAAUGUGGUGCUUUCUGACUUAAUUGUUAUGGAUGCACUGACAAACAAAGAUCUGCAGCAAUAUUUAAGACAAUUCAUUAAUUGUUGAACUAAAAGAAGAAUUACAGUUACAUUUCAGCUCUCCUUCACCGACAAAAACAAAAGAAAAUUAACACAAAAUAUCUGUCAAGUAUUUAGAAACUUUCAGAAUAACCUUGAAGUGAAGAGGAAUAAUUUGAUGAGUUUUUUUUGUUCUUUGUGAAAAAUCGAACAACUUCUUUAAUUUGUCAUCUUUUUACAAUUUUUUUUCACAUCCUUUUUUUUCUCUCAAAGUUUCUAAAUAACGAACAGUCUAAAUUGUGUAAAGAGCUUAUAUUAUCUAAAAAAUAUUUAAAGCACAUGUAUUUCAUAGUUGUUUAGAUUUUUAGAAAACGUCAGCACUCGGAUUUUAAAGGAGAGUAUAAAAUUCAUAGAUUUUCACCCAUGUUGUAAAAGGAGUUUUGUUUUGAGUUUUUCGCUUCAAUUUUAACCAUAAUCACGAGGUAAUAAUUAUUUACAAUUAUCAGACUUUUCUGCGGAUUAUCCUGCAUGCAAAUCGUAUAAGUAUGUCGCAGGAGGAAUUUCUUUUACAUAUUUUACAAAUUUCUAGGUUAUAUCUUGAUGGGUGUUAGUGUAUAUUUGUACAAAUAAUACUGUGCUAAUCAGUUGUUAGACCGAUUCUAAGCUACGGAAAAGUCAAAAUUAGAUACAUUUUCCAAGUCGUUGAAAAGUAUUUUUUUUUUUAAAGUCCAAGGAAUUUUUCAGUAAAAGUUGUUGAAUCCACCUACGAAAGUUUCAUCUAUGUGCGAGGAAUACCGAUAUUAUAUUAGAUUCCGUUCCAACUACAGUCAAAAUUUUGUGCAAUUUGCGGUUUUUUUCUUCUUCUUGUACACUUUUCUUAGUCAAGGUAGAAGCACCAGUAAUAAGUCAUUUGAAGGUAUUGGUAAAAUUCCUGGUAUUUUGUAGUUAAUUGAGUAAUCAGUGUUUCGAGAAAAUCUUUAUAGCAUUACAUAGGGCCUUUUUAUAGAGCUGUUAAGCAUCUGGUAAGCACCUAGAAAUAUUGCUAAGCUGGUAUUGUGACCAGCUAAAACACCACGUCUCUAUGACCAGCUUUAACUCGCUUGCUAAGCAUUACUUCACUGCUCAGCAGCUCUAUGAAAGUCUACCAUGUUUUUACAAAGUGUUUUGUUACCCAGUUUAAAAAAUGAUGGUUCCCCCCUGAAAGAAAUUUCUUAUUAGUUUAUAUUCGAAGAGAGGUCGCUAUGUCAUGUAAACACCAAUUGUUGUAACUUGUAACUACACAGUAUAAAAAAUGAAAAGACAAUUCUAGCUUGUACAGUUGUUGUAUGUUAGAAAGAGUGUACCAAGUAAAAUUGCUGGAUAUAUUUUUGUCUGCUUAUAUAUAAACUAUGUUGCCACUUAUUCAGGACUCGUGUUGCAUUUUGCCGAAUGCUUUCCCCAUUUGAUGUUGAGGGUGCUUUGUGUAGCUGCACCAAUCAUAAUUGAAAUGAAAUAAAAAAUAACAUCAGUGAGUCACCUGACAUACUGUAAUAUGGUACCCAAUCUCAUCUGACUCUAAAAUGUAUACAUUUGUUCUCGGUUACCCAGUCUACUGGCUUCUUGACUAUUUCACAGGAUAGCGAAGCUGAAUCUUCUUGCUUGUACCUGCCGCUACUUUAAACAUUACUGGACAUUCAAGGACCAGUCAGAAUUCUACCCAAGUGGUCCUGCUGGCUACCUAUGUUUUGAAAAUCAUAACAAUUUAAAAAAAUGGAAAAUGGACUUGUGGAAAAGCUGAUGGAGUGGUGAAAUGACAAGCUAACUGGUCCUGCUGGCCAGUCACUCAAAAAGUUUAGGAGAAAUCCCCUGGCAAGCGGAACACUGUAAGCAGCGCCAUGACAUCGGGUCCUGAUGAUAUGUGCAUUACACUGGACAAAACUUAUGAUCGUAUAAAUAAAAUUUGAAAUCUCCAUCUCUGAAAUUGCUGUUCAGACUGAACCUCGCAACACAGAGCUCCUUUGUUAUAAGGCAUACAAACAUCUGUACAUGUACAUUGCUAUUUUUUGUGAGUAUUGAAUUUAAUGUCUGGUAAAAACUUGUCCUCAUUAUUAAUCAGUAUUGAUAUUUUGUGAUUGUGGAUUUUUUUAAACAAUAACCCUUAGUUUUAUCGCAAGCGUCCAUUGCCAUUAAGAAAGAAAAAAGUUCACGCAAUCUCUGCCAGCAGUAUAAAGCAACUUAUAAUAUUUAAUAAAAAUAAUGUAAAAAAACAAAUAAACCGACAGCAAAAUGUAAAAAGCUUUCCUGAUCUGUAGAAUAAUAAAACUGGUUUGAAGAUACAAAUUCUUGCUAAUAUUAUAAAUAUUUCCAAAAAGUUGUUUUUCUCUUUCACCUUUUUUUCUUUUUUUUGCACCAUGGAUGCAUAUAUAAUUUGCAUAAAUAAGGCUAUUUAAUUCGCAUAUGAAAAUCAUAUUUGGUUGGUUUGAUAUUAUUUUGAAGCUCCUUCAACGACUCGAUAAGUUUUUCACUUGUUGAGACAAAAAGAUAAAACAAAAGCCACCAUUAUUCAUGAUGGAAGCAUUACAGAAAAAUUCAAAGAAGAAAACAAAAUGUAUGUCUUAAAAAUUCGUUUAUAAGAAGCAGUCACCAAGUCCAAAAUGGUCCAAACCUUAAAACAUUAACUCAUAUAUGAAUAUUUACAAGCAAAUGAAUAUUCAACAGCUAUUCAUAAUUUGAAGGUAACAUAAAAGUAAACCGAGUUUCAGAUAUAACCCCAUCCAACCGAUUAUGAUUCGAGCUAUAAAUUAAACUAUCUUUAACGCCACAGCCACCUAUAAAAAAAAAAAUAUAAAAGAAAAAGUUAAACUCAAGACAUGGGUGAUAAAUGAUGAAUGUUUAACACUGUUAUUGUUUACGCCAAUCUAUUGAAAAACUGUAACGGCAUAAAUAGUUAUUUUGUAAGAUACCUAGUUUCAUAUUUAUCGCCAAUAACAGAAUGGACCCAUUUCAUGAAAUAUGUAAAUUGUUCAUAGACCGUGCACACUCACAUUUUGGUUGGCAAAAAUGAGGGAACAACGCGCUGUUUUGUACAUGGCAGCAUGACGCUGACGCGAUUGUGUGUCUGCUUAGUGCACAACUCUAUGGCGUUUGCCUACCAAUAGGGUCUGUACGCACGCAUGAAUGUAAUUAGCAUAAUUUCAUGAAAAGGGUUCACUGCAUUGCUUACAUGAAGUAUAGCACGAAGUAGAUACCAGUAUUUAGACUCCUUGUACAGUCGACUCUCGUUAUAACAAGAUCCCUGGGACUGACCAAAUUACACGUACCUCUUUAUAUUAACAAGAAAUGUUGUUAUAAGACAGCAAAACAAAAACACACAAAGGGCUAGUAGAAAUGAGAUUCAGGACUUCAGAGUAUUCUAUUUAUAAGCGGAACCUCUGUUUAACAGUGCUCUUUAUAACAGGGGUCAACUUUAUAACAGGGACGUUUUAUAAGAGAACACCAAAAACAAAGAAACACAGUAGAAAUGAGAUUCAGGACUUCAGAAUGUACUCUUUAUAAGCAGAAUCUUAAUUUAACAGUGAUCUUUAUAACAUGGGUAGACUUUAUUAACAGGAACAUUGUUGUGUAAGAGGACACCAAAAACAAAGAAACGAAAAAAGCAGAAAUACCAGAAUGUACUUUUUAUAAGCAGAACCUCUUUUGAACAGUGGUCUUUAUAAUGAGGGUUGACUGUAUAACACAAUGUUUGAGUUUGAUUAAUCAAAAUAUUAAUUAAAAUGGGUGAAUAGAACAUUAUUUUACCAUCUCCUUGAAGUAUAUACAACACUGACAACCAGGCAUGAAUGGUUUUCACACAAAACUUACUUUCACAGGUUCCUUUUUUCCAUGUUUAACAGUUGCAUUCCUUGUUAAUUUAAUAUUAUUAGCUCAGUAAUAAUUUAUGUACCAUUCUUUAUUGUAUCUCACUCAUGUCGUGUGGUUGACCAGUAAAAUUUUCCAAACCGGAA